AUGAUAGUUGUGAAACGUGCCGAGCUCAUCUUCAUCUGUUUCAUGCUGCUUCAUGGUUUUGCCGCAACGUUGAAUUGCAGAAAGGCAACUCCUGAAUCUUUGUUUGCUGAACUUGAGAAGAAUGUAUUCCCUAAAAAUCUACUGCGACCUGUGAACAACUUUUCAACUCCAACUAUUGUAACAAUUGGAAUCACCGUGGUGGGAAUUAUAGGAGUAGAUGAAAAAUCCCAAACCCUGACAACGCUUCUGUGGCAAGUUCUUGAGUGGGACAUCGAGGGACUCAGCUGGGAUGAGAAGGAAUGUGGCACUAAAAGAGUCUCUGUCCCUCGAGAAAAGCUUUGGGUCCCAGAUGUCUUUAUUACACAAUUCACGGAUGAGGACAAGUCUCCUAAAACUCCCUACGUCUACAUAUUUAACACUGGUCGUGUAUAUGAUGAUACGCCGAUUCGUGUGGUCAGCUCCUGCCGAUUAGAAAUCUACACGUUCCCUUUUGAUAUCCAAAACUGCUCUCUGACCUUUGGAUCAUAUCUACACUUUGACACAGAGAUCAGGAUGAUGCACAGCUCCACAUCUGAAGAGAUCCUGGCGGAGUCGCACAAUGUGUUGGAGACCAAUGGGGAGUGGGUCCUCGCAGGAAUCACUGUGGCUUCUUCUAACCUGACCUUAAACUUGGGAAGCUACUCUGAGGUCGAAUACCAUAUCAUUUUGAGACGCCGUGCCACCCUGUAUGUGGUGAACCUCCUGAUCCCCAGCUGCUUCCUCAUCACUGUGGACCUCUUCAGCUUCAUGCUGCCUCCCCACAGUGUGGACCGCUCCUCCUUCAAGAUGACCCUCAUCCUGGGCUACACCGUCUUCCUGCUCAUCAUGAACGACCUGCUGCCCGUCACCGGGGAGACAACGCCGCUCAUCAACGUUUUCUUCUCCAUCAGUCUCGCUCUGAUGGUGGCCAGCCUGUUGGAGACCGUGUUCAUCACUAACAUCCAGUACCGCUCCUGCCCGGACCGGGCCGUGCCUCACUGGCUCAGUGUCCUCGUGCUACAAUACCUAGCCGUGGUAGUUUGUCUCCCUCGAGAGGAAAACAGCAGCCGAAGCUCUAUUUUUCUAAACCCUUCUGCUACCAAAGGACAGAAUUCCCGCAUCCCAAACGUCCCGGGAUUCCACCUCGAGUGCCUCCCCGGUGACGCGGCCCCUACGGAGCCGGGCCUGGACGAGCUGAGGAAAGUGAGCAGAGAUCUCCUGGCCAUCCGCCUCCGGGUGGAGCAACACUUCCAGGGGGGCCAAAGCAGGCAGGAAUGGCAGAUGGUCGGCAGGGUCAUCGACCGCCUGCUGUUCGGCUUCUACGUCGUCUUCAUCACGUUCAGCUUCGUCACCAUCGCGUGCAUCUGGACCUGGAGCAACUCGUACGCGUCGUGA